AAGCUCAUUUCUGCCUUGUUUCACUGAAGAGUCCAUUAAAAGAGCCAUCUAACCUUGUAGAAAAUGGCGUUCAGCGAUCUGACAUCGAGGACUGUGCGUUUUUACGAUAAUUGGAUCAAAGAUGCUGAUCCAAGAGUGGAAGACUGGCCCCUCAUGUCCUCGCCUCUGCCACAAACCGUCAUCCUGGGGCUCUAUGUCUAUUUUGUCACAUCUCUGGGACCAAAGCUCAUGGAGAAUCGGAAGCCCUUUGAACUCAGGAAAGCGAUGAUAACGUACAAUUUUUUCAUAGUACUGUUUUCUGUGUAUAUGUGUUAUGAGUUUGUGAUGUCUGGCUGGGGUACAGGUUAUUCGUUUCGAUGUGACAUUGUUGACUAUUCUCAGUCACCAAGAGCAAUGAGAAUGGUGCACACCUGCUGGCUUUAUUACUUCUCCAAAUUUAUUGAGCUGUUAGACACUAUCUUUUUUGUUCUGCGUAAGAAAAAUAACCAAGUGACUUUCCUUCAUGUCUUCCAUCAUACAAUCAUGCCAUGGACCUGGUGGUUUGGAGUCAAAUUUGCUGCAGGUGGUUUGGGAACAUUCCAUGCCUUUUUAAAUACGGCUGUGCAUGUGGUCAUGUAUUCCUACUAUGGACUGUGUGCUAUGGGACCGGCCUACCAGAAGUACUUAUGGUGGAAAAAGCAUUUGACAUCUUUACAGCUUGUCCAGUUUGUCCUUGUCACCAUCCACAUAGGCCAGAUCUUCUUCAUGGAGGACUGUAAUUACCAGUACCCAGUUUUCCUGUACAUCAUUAUGAGUUACGGAUGCAUCUUCCUGCUACUGUUUCUCCAUUUUUGGUACCGGGCUUAUACCAAGGGUCAGAGGUUGCCCAAAACUAUUCAAAAUGGGAAUUGCAAGACAAAGCCUCACUAAAACGUGAGCAGUGCCUGGAUUUACAUUUGAUACUGAUUUCUUGCCUUCCUUGACAAUCAAGACACACUUACCUAUGCAGUGCAUUUUGUAUAUUUUUCAAAACCAAGAGCUUGUAUUUUUUAUGAUAAGUUAUUUGGGUUUCUGAUCUUUGAGAGUCUGAAGCUCCCAGUAAGUCUUCUCAGUGGAAGGGACUAGAGCAGCCAGGAGGUUUCCUAUUGCCUUUCACACGAACUGAAAGGUCUUAAUACAUUUUGCUACAGUGAGCGGAGGGUAUGAAGUAUAAGAUAGUACUCUUCUGGGAACUCCGGGAUAGAUGAAAAAUACUAGCGAUUUUGACCAUGGACGGAGAUCCACUGAGUACGAUAGAUUCCUCCUGCUUGGUCUGGAGACCUCUGACUGGCUUCUGGCUCUGUCUUUCAUUCCUUGUAUUCAGAAGACAUUAUAGUCACUCUAGGGCUCAGUUCCCAGUCUAAAAGUGCUAACACAGGUGAUGCCUAUGUGACUUUUUGAUAAGUUAUCAUUCUAAAUUGUUAAUGGUAAGUUCGAAUGGGUCUUCUGAGUGGUUGCCUCCAGUCCUGCUGGCGAGACUCUCUGACAACGUGUGUAUAAGCUGUUGGGGGCAGUGGUGCUUCCCUUUCUGCACUGAGACCUUUGACACUAAGGUGAAGGUAAUGUCACGUUGCAAACAAGGUGAUUUGUUUCAACAGGCUAAUGACCACUUUGCUGAGGGCGAUUUUACAGUUAA